GCGCCGGAGCCGGAGCGCGAGUGCGCGCGGGGCCCGGAGCGGGGGACGCCGCGCUGCUGAGGCCGGCCGCCGCCACCGCCCGCGGGCCCCAGGCGGAGCGCAGCUGGGUGCCACGAGAUUUGAGGCUGUGGGACCUGUCAGCAGGAUGUCUCCUCUCUCUGCAAGCAACCCUGAGGCCACCAAGAUGAGCACCGCGGCUGAGCCCACGAGCGUGGUUGCGUGUCAUUAGCUGGGAGCCGCAAGGCCACCCACAGCUGGUGUGAUGGUGUAUUAGCGCAGAGUGGUGACCUCAGGUUUUGUAGACUCGGGAUUGCACAGAGCAGAGUCACCGUGGAGAGGCCAGGGUACCACAAACUUAUGGAUUUUGACAAGAAAGGAGGGAAAGGGGAGUUGGAGGAGGGCCAGAGAAUGUCCAAAACCGGCGGGGGCCGGAGCAGCCAUGGCGUCCGGAGCUCGGGGACCAGCUCAGGGGUCCUGAUGGUGGGCCCCAACUUCCGAGUUGGCAAGAAGAUAGGCUGUGGCAACUUCGGGGAGCUUCGCUUAGGAAAGAACCUCUAUACAAACGAGUACGUGGCAAUCAAACUGGAGCCCAUCAAGUCCCGGGCCCCGCAGCUGCACCUGGAGUACCGUUUCUACAAGCAGCUCAGCACUGCAGAGGGAGUCCCUCAGGUCUACUACUUCGGCCCCUGCGGGAAGUACAACGCCAUGGUGCUGGAGCUUUUGGGGCCCAGCCUAGAGGACCUGUUUGACCUGUGCGACCGCACCUUCACGCUGAAGACGGUGCUCAUGAUUGCCAUCCAGCUGAUCACACGCAUGGAGUAUGUGCACACCAAGAGCCUCAUCUACCGAGAUGUGAAGCCGGAGAACUUUCUGGUGGGGCGCCCGGGGACCAAGCGACAGCACUCCAUCCACAUCAUCGACUUUGGGCUGGCUAAGGAGUACAUCGACCCUGAGACCAAGAAGCACAUCCCGUACCGCGAGCAUAAGAGCCUGACGGGCACUGCGCGCUACAUGAGCAUCAACACACACUUGGGCAAGGAGCAGAGCCGCCGUGAUGACCUGGAGGCACUGGGCCACAUGUUCAUGUACUUCCUACGUGGCAGCCUGCCCUGGCAGGGACUCAAGGCCGACACACUCAAGGAGCGGUACCAGAAGAUCGGUGACACCAAGCGGGCCACGCCCAUCGAGGUGCUGUGUGAGAGCUUCCCAGAAGAGAUGGCCACAUACCUGCGCUAUGUGCGCCGCCUGGACUUCUUUGAGAAGCCGGACUAUGACUACCUGAGGAAGCUCUUCACUGACCUCUUUGACCGCAGCGGCUACGUGUUCGACUACGAGUAUGACUGGGCUGGGAAGCCUCUGCCAACACCCAUUGGCACCGUUCAUGCUGACCUCCCUGCCCAGCCCCAGCACCGGGACAAAGCCCAGCCACACAACAAAAACCAGGCACUGAACUCUACCAAUGGAGAGCUGAACGCAGAUGAUCCCACAGCUGGUCACUCCAAUGCCCCCAUCACGGCCCCUGCAGAGGUAGAGGUGGCCGAUGACACCAAGUGCUGCUGUUUCUUCAAGAGGACGAAGAGAAAAUCAUUGCAGCGGCACAAAUGACCCAGGUGCCUGCAGCGCUGUGACUUUCUCCGUGCAGCCCCAGGCGCUUGUUCAGGACGCCUAGGGGGUCCAUCAGCGGCCCGGGGUCCAAGCCCAGCCAAAGCCAGGGCGCGCAAACUGUGGGACUCCAAGGGCCCAGAACGGCCACAGGCCCCCACCCCCGGGACGUGGGGUCACUUCCUUCACGUAAGACUUUGGCUGAAAUUUCUACACCCGUGUCUAGUCCUCCCCUCCGAGAGCAUUAACUAUUUAAAACAAGGAUAAAAGGAACAAAGCAGAGGCCACCCUGCGCUCGCCCCUCCUGCCGCCCAUGCUCAAGUGCAUAGUGUGGCCCCGGAGGCCCAGGCCGCCCACUCCCGUUAGCCUCAUAAAGUCCAGCUUGUCUCCCUCUAUCCAAAGGCCGUUUUCUCCAGGGGGGACAGGCCCAGCCUGGGAGAGGCUCUUGAGCCAACUCACCGGCUGCCCAGGAGGGUCUCAGGCAUUGCUGCCAGGGUGAGGCCAGCCCUGGGCCUCCCCAAAACCAAAGGGGAAGUCAGGGUGGGGCCGCAGCUGCGGCCAAAGUCAGCCUCGCAACCAAAAUGCUGCACCAAAGCUCGGCGCCCGGUGCGGCUGCCGCAGCCCAGCCCUGUGGAGCUUGCACCUGUCAGGCAGGUGCUUCUUGAUACACCUGCUCUGGAGGCUAUGCCCAGGUGCCCCGGACCCCGGGAGGCGGGCAGCCACUGUACUGUUGAGCACAUGGGCUCCUUUGUGCCCCUGCUGUGCUGCAGGAGGCUGUGGUCCAGGAGAUGCCAGA